AUUCUCCAUCCAUCAAGCUCUGACCACCCCGAAUCCUUGUCCUCGUCCCUCCUUGCUCCGUCUUGGCCGCCGCUGCUGCCGCCUCCACUGCCGCUGCACCACCACCUCACUGCCGUACUCCUUCUAGAAGUACAAGCACAGACUCUCCUUUAAACCCACUCGACAACGACACAACCCCGACUCCUCCCUCUCUCUCUCUUUAACACCACCCCACCUCGACAGAGUCAACAGUCUUUUCGACACUCCACCCUCAUCGUCAUUCUUGUUCACCGGCCCCCACUCGCCGGCUACCCACUGAACGCUUCCGAGUUGCGUUCACGUCCCCCGCCUCCCUUUGGCACCGACCUCGCACGAACCACCACGUCAAAAGAACGGAAAACAAUGUUCGCCACGCUCCUCACCACCUUCCUCGCCGUCCAGGCCGCUGUUGCCGCCCCUGUCAACAUUGGCAAGCGCUUCUCCGGCCGUGCCACCUACUACGAGGUCGGCCUCGGCGCCUGCGGUCACACCAACUCGGGCUCCGAGUUUGUCGUUGCCGUCAACGCCCCCCAGUACAACGGUGGCGCUUACUGUGGCCAGUCGGUCACGAUCAGCGCCAACGGCAAGUCGACCCAGGCUACCGUUGUCGACUUGUGCCCUGGCUGCCCUUACGGCGCUCUUGACCUGUCCGAGUCGCUCUUCACCUUCUUCAACCCCACGUCGGUCGGUGUCUUCACCAUUGACUGGAGCUUUGGCGGUGGUGGUGGCGGCGGUGACGGUGGCCAGCAGUCGCAGCCUUCGCCCUCCCCCUCGCCCGACCCACCCGCGCCGACUUCCUCGGCUGCCCCUCCUCCUCCCCCUGAGCCGACCUCGUCGUCGACUCCUCCCCCUCCUCCUUCGUCUUCGUCGACGACGACGACUGACGCCGCCUCGUCGACCACGUCUUCGAUUGUUCCUUCCUCUUCUUCCAGCAUUGUCUCGUCGUCCACCACGAGCUCGCUCAGUGCUUCUGCCACUGCUUCCCUCAACUCGACGGCUCUGGCUGCGCCAUCCGUCUCGAUCAACUCGACCAACAUCAGCAGCUCGAACCCCGAUGCUUCCGUCGUCAACAACGACGGUGACGCCUCGGGCAACCUCGCCAGCAUGAGCAACCUUGUUGCUUCGAUUGGCAGACUGGUUGUCCUCGCCGCGUCGUCAUAA